AUGUUCGGCUUCAUCCAGGUCAGGGACCGGGAUUCCUCUUCUACAAACGCCAGCCUGUCCGCGACAGGUAUCAGCAUCUUCAACCACCUAGAAUCUGACGACGACGCCAUGCGCAAGGGAAAUCGCCCUCCGCCGCUGAACCUCAGCAUCGUGACCCGGCCGAGGUCACUGCCCCGGGUAUCCAGGACACCCGUGCUCCUGGCAAAGGAGCUCACGCCCCUGCUGACUCCCCUUCCUGAGGAAGAGGUCGAGGAGGACCCGCAGGGCCCGGUGGUUCGCGCCGUGAGGAUAUCUGUCGAUUUCCUGCAGGUUGUUUCAUGCAUGCUGGUGAUGUUGAUGCUGGGCAUCUUCAUGGCAUCGUACGCGGGGGCUGCAUCGUCAAGUUAUGGAAUCAGAGCCUCGAUACUCAUGGCAGCAUUGGCCUGCGAUGUCGGCCUCGGCAUCUGCUCUAUCCGCUUCUACGAUCAGCCAUGGCCCCGCGUCGCUGUGGUGCUCCGGAUGCUCACCGCGGCGGUCCUCGUUGGGAGCCUAGUAGGCUUUGUUGCAGCGGAAAGAGUGUUUCCGGCAGACUACACGUACUGGAACUUGGCAUCCUCGCAAUCCGGCGGGCCGGUGUUGGGUCUUGUCUCUGCAAUUCUUGCUGGUGGCAACGGCUGCGGAUGA